AUGUUUGAGUUCGAUGCUCGAGCAGCCAGCCCUCAGCCAGCAUCUGACGGACUUUUCGUCGAGCGAUUCGAGGCCUUUAUGGACAAGUCGCUUUCAGAUAUACAGACUUUUGCAACUCGUGAAAACCGGUCGUUCGAAGAGGGCCAGACCCGACGCAGCUUCGCAGAAUGGCAUAGCAAAUAUCUAUUCCAGUCGCACGUUUCGUUCUUUCUGGAUACCAAUGUCUCUCAUGAAGAACGUCUGACAUGUAUUAGAACGAUCCUUUGCGAUGUAUCUGGACUUCUGGAGACAUUGCACAAAAUAUCUGGCGUUGAAUCAUUCGUUCUUGCUGUGGAUCCACCCGAACCAGGUUUUGAAGGGUUUCUUGGAGGAUCUUUGCUCGGCCGUGAAUUUUGGAGGAACCUUCGAGGCGGCGGUGAUUCGGGCGCUCGAGCAUUCCGGUUGCAUUGUACAAAGCGCCUGGUAUCACAGACCUCAGCUCAAGGCUCCUCUUUGAGCACCGAUCCCGAAAUCGUUCAACAAAAACCGGCUCUAUCCUUGAAAGCGGAGCUGUACGAGAAGAUGCGGAAUGCUCUUAGGACAGCAAGCGGUAUCCGAAAUGCUGAAAUGAAAUGGACGAAUCCAGAUCGACUCGCCACGUAUGGUGUUACCCUUGUGGGUUGGCCAUCUACGGUACCGCUAGUUAAUCCCUCCAGCCUCAAGGCCAGUCAAAAUAAAGAGUUGUUGACCCUUCUUGAAAAUGGGACGAUGAAAUUCGUGAGGAUAUACGUAUCCCGAGAGCAAGAUGGAGUGCAACCACCUGCGCCUAGUACGGAGGACGACCCCGAUUCGUUUUCGUGGGCUAUUCAGUUCGAUGAUGCUCCUGUGCCGGUCCUCGAUGCAGCUAUAGAAUCGUCAGAUAUCGCGAAAAGACAGGAGUGUAUGCCUGGACGUUCACGAUCUCCAGAAGGACAUGAUGCGCAGGAUGAUCCUGGAGGACCGAGAAAACGACCAAAGUUAUCAGAACAUGCUAUGGAACAGGAGUCAAAUAAUAUAUCGCACACGUUGCAUUCCUUGCCUGCUGUAGAUUAG